AUGAAGAUGGGACUUGUUGCUGCCCAUGGCGAUGUGGGAGAAGAGAGAAGGAGGGAGUUCCAGGCGCAGUGCCAGCAGCACGUAUUGAACGUUCGAGGAAUCGAUCGUGGGACGGGGCGGGCGGGUGGGUCCGUAUGGAGCGAAGCGAAGACGCUCGCUCUGUAUGAGCGAGCGCUAACAGAUUUCGGAACCAUCGCCGAACGGAAAGUAUCGGCGGCAGCAAACAGCUCGCGCAAGCGCACCGCGCAAGAAUUCGCAGCGUUCCUUGGGCGAAAUCCGUUUGGCGUCUCCCUGGAAACGGCCACCCCUGCGAACGUUGGGGCGUUCAUUGUCGGAGAUUGGAUGCCCCGGCAUAGCGGCAAUUGCCGGACCGUGCUGCCGUCGAGCGGCAAGACUGUAGCGUCCGCCUCGUCUGUAAAGGGGGUGGUCAAAGACCUGUCGAAAACCUACACACUGCUGGGGUAUUCGGGGCCUGAGAACCCUGCCAAAUCGGAGGUCGUGAAAUCCUUCCGAGGUGGGUAUGAACGGUAUUUGCAUGAUGAGGGGGUCAGAGUGCAGCGCGCAAAGGUGUUUGUUGAGGAGAAGCUUGAUUUGCUGCUCGCGUUUCUGGCGAGACGUAUUGGCGAGGAGAGCGACCUUUUGGAGUGCUGCACCCUGCUUAUCGACCAGGCGGCGGUCCUAUAUUUGUGGGAGUCGUUAGCCCGGGGAAAGAAGUGCGGUUCGCUCAGCGCUCGGCAAAUUCAGGCGGGCGCAGAACCUGCCGCCUUCCCGGGGUGGAGUAAGACGGUUCGAAAGGAAUUGAGCGCGCGGAUUCCGCUUGCGAAGGCGGGGGCUGGCUCCAGGCCCACGUUUGUUGAGGCGGCCGCGCAGCUGGUCAAGGGGCUGGAAUUGCUCGGUGACCCGACAGCGGAGGAGGGUUAUCUGUUUCGAGCCCAGAAUAGGCAGCGCACGGGUUUUCUUGCUUGGCCUAUUUCUAGUGCGUCGUUGCGGAAACGGAUUUAA